CCCGCGGAAGGCGGAAGUGUGUCUGUCAGGGCGGCCGCGAAGCCGGGCUGAGGUGUCCCUAGUUGGCACCCCGCGGCUCUUCCGGGUCUGGGCGUGGGGACACCAGGGUGGCCAGCGAGAACCAGCGGGUGACGAAGCCAUGAGGCGGCCGCGGGGCCUGGCGGGGUCUGGAGGUUGACUGCUCCCGCCGCCUUCCGCGAGGCCGCCUCCUCCAGGCAGCCACCCGCCCCUCUCAGGGUCUCGCGCCCCAGCGUCCUCCCGGCGCCUUGGACCGAGGCUCCGUGGCCCCCAGACCCCCCGCUAUGACCGCGGCCGCCGCCUCCAACUGGGGGCUGAUCACGAACAUAGUGAACAGCAUAGUAGGGGUCAGUGUCCUCACCAUGCCCUUCUGCUUCAAACAGUGUGGCAUCGUCCUGGGGGCCCUGCUCUUGGUCUUCUGCUCUUGGAUGACUCACCAAUCCUGCAUGUUCCUGGUGAAAUCCGCCAGCCUGAGCAAACGGAGGACCUACGCUGGCCUGGCGUUGCACGCCUACGGAAAAGCGGGGAAGAUGCUGGUGGAGACCAGCAUGAUCGGGCUGAUGCUGGGAACCUGCAUUGCCUUCUACGUUGUGAUUGGCGACUUGGGGUCCAACUUCUUUGCUCGGCUCUGUGGGUUGCAGGUGACGGGCACCCUGCGCGUGCUCCUGCUCUUCGCUGUGUGCCUGUGCAUCGUGCUCCCGCUCAGCCUGCAGAGGAACAUGAUGGCCUCCAUCCAGUCCUUCAGUGCCAUGGCCCUCAUCUUCUACACUGUCUUCAUGUUUGUGAUCGUGCUGUCCUCGCUCAAGCACGGCCUUUUCGGUGGGCAGUGGCUGCGGCAGGUCAGCUACAUCCGCUGGGAGGGCAUCUUCCGCUGCAUCCCCAUCUUUGGCAUGUCCUUCGCCUGCCAGUCCCAGGUCCUGCCCACCUACGACAGCCUGGACGAGCCAUCGGUGAAGGCCAUGAGCUCCGUCUUCGCCUCCUCCCUCAACGUGGUCACCACCUUCUACGUCGCGGUGGGGUUCUUUGGCUAUGUGAGCUUCGCGGAGACCACAGCAGGCAACGUGCUCAUGCACUUCCCAUCCAACCUGGUGACGGAGAUGAUCCGCGUGGGCUUCAUGAUGUCGGUGGCCGUGGGCUUCCCCAUGAUGAUCCUGCCCUGCAGGCAGGCCUUGAACACGCUGCUUUUCGAGCAGCAGCAAAAAGACGGGACCUUCGCCGCUGGAGGCUACAUGCCGCCCCUGCGGUUUAAAGCCCUCACCCUUUCGGUCGUGUUCGGAACCAUGUUCGGUGGAAUCAUGAUCCCAAACGUGGAGACCAUCUUGGGGCUCACAGGCGCCACGAUGGGCAGCCUCAUCUGCUUCAUCUGCCCGGCACUGAUCUCCAGGAAGGUCCACAAGAGCUCGCUGUCCUCCCAGGUGGUGCUCUGGGUUGGCCUGGGCAUCCUGGUGGUCAGCACACAUACCACCCUGUCCGUGAGCCAGGAAGGCCCUGUGGACUUGGCCGAGGAAGCCCCAGGCGACCAGCUUGGAGAGGCUGAGGGCGAGGUGAAGGCAGAGGCAGCCUGGCUCCCAGGCCAGAAGCCAGCUGUGGACGCGGCUGAGGAUGGCCGGGAUAAGCCGAAGCUGCCUAAGGAGAAAGAGGAGAUGGAGCAGGCCCAGAUCAAGGGCCCUGUGAACGUGCCCCCGAGGGAGGACACCAAGGAGAAGCCGGAGGAGGUGCAGCUGGAUCGCCCUGGUCAAGGCGUUGCAGUACCUAUGGGCGAGGCCCACCGCCACGAACCCCCCGUCCCUCACGACAAGGUGGUGGUGGAUGAAGGUCAAGACCAAGAGGGACCGGAGAAUGAGCAUCCGUCCAAACAUGUGGAUGAAAGGGCUCUAGGGGGCAAGGGUCAGGUGGUGCCGCUCCUGCUGGAUUCAGAGAGAGAGAGACCCAGACGAGACCAGGCUUUGGAGGCAGCGGGCGGUCUUCCUGAGGUUCCCCAGAAGGUUCCAGAAGAAAAUGGUCAGCCAGCCAUUGAGCCCGUGAAAGAGGAGCCCGUGGGGCCGGGCGACGGGGCUGUGCAUCCAGGGCCCCAGGUGGUGCUCCCUAAGGGGAAGGACAUCCCAGUGGCAGGUGCAGGGGACAGAGCGGACGGAGUCCCGCCACUGGACCAUGCCAAGCCGGCAGAGAAGAGCGAGCCUGGUGGGCAGGCCCCCCUCCCAGAGAAGCCGGCCCCAGGGGCAGGGCCACAGGCAGAGCCCCGGGAGCAGAGGAAUGCAGAGGGACCUGGAGGGGACCACGCCGGCAGCAAGUUGGAGGAACUUUCACGGCCUCCUAUUCUGCCUUUCUCCACACGCCUCUCGAUGGGACAUGCAGCUGAGAUCAGAAAGAUGGUGGCAGAAGCUGGCCGGGUGGAGAUGCUGGACCAUGCUGUCCUGCUGCAAGUGAUAAAGGAACAGCAGGUGCAGCAGAAGCGCCUCCUGGACCAGCAGGAGAAGCUGCUGGCGGUGAUUGAAGAGCAGCACAAGGAGAUCCACCAGCAGAGGCAGGACGGCGGGGACAGUGAGGAUGUGGACGUGCAGCCCGAGCCCGGGGUCGCUGCGCCCAGAGGUAAGGAGCAGGAGGCCCACGACACGGGGAUGGCUGAGCGCCCCCCUCCAUCUCCUUUGGAAGCCGGGCCCGGCGCUCCCAGGCACCUCCCCGCUCCGCCCCAGGGGCACAGCCAGCGCCCAGUGGAGGAACCCGAGGGGGCUGCAGGCAGAGCCCCAGCCGCACCUCCCGGUGAUGCUGACCUGGAGCCCCAGGCUGCCCAGGCCGAGCCGAGGGAAGGCAGGUGGGGCGCCGUGCCGGAGGCCGCGGGAGCUGGUGUGCAGGUGCGGGUCCCCGUGCCAGACCCUGCCAGGGUGCUCGGGAGCCUGGAGAAGCACGGUGCUGGAGGACUCCCUGGGCAGAGUCGGGACGUUUUUGGUGGAGUCUCCCAAGAAAGGAAGAAAUCCGGAAAGGAGGCGGCAGCCCCGGGCACGGAUGUUCAAGCGGCAGACCCGCUGCGGGUGGGGGCGGCGACUGGGGACCUGCAGGUGAAGUCCCAGCAAGCGAGCCAGGACCAGGCGCCUGCAGGCCUGGCCAGCAGGUCGGGGGGAGCAGCCCCUUGGGCCCAGGCCGGGCUGCAUCAGCCGGAGCCCCGGGCUGUCUCUGCCCCGGGUCAGGGCGGGCAGCAGGGCGGGCAUCCGGAGACGAGGAAGGAGACCCUCGGCAGGGACCACAUGCCCGCUCCCAGGGAGGACGCCGCCAUCCAAAAGACAGAGCGGAGGCCAGACCCUGAGCUCGGGCCCAAACCGGCCAUGCCCGGGGCUCAGAAGCUAGACAAUGCCAAACCCAAUCGGGACCUGAAAGUCCAGGCCGGCUCUGACCUUCGGAGGAGACGGCGGGACGUGGCUCCUCAGGCAGAGGGGGGCCCGGCCCCGAACGACGGGGUCGUCAUCAGCUUCAACCCCCUGCCCGACGUGCAGGUCAGCGACCUCCGCAGCGCCCUGGAGGCCCAGCUGCACCAGGCUGCAGGCGGCGCCCUGCGGGUAGUCCAAGGCCGCCAGAUCAAACAGUUGCCCGGGGCCCUGGAGGAGCCCUGAGCCCAGCUAAGCGCCUGCUUCCGGUCAGCUGGUCUCGCUCGGCCUCACCCAGGCCGCCAGUGAACCUGGACAUCCCGGAGGUCAGGCUGGGAGUGGAGUCUGACCGCUCUCGCGCUGUGGCCCCGCCUUCCAGAUGAGCCCUGCCAUUGCUCCUGCGGUGACUUAGUCCACUGCAGCUGCGAGGAGAGACAGCCUCUUGGUGAGACCCUGGAGGUGUGGCUCUGCGUGCGGCCUUGAGGUCUGUGACCCACUACCUCCCGUGCAGCUGGGGAUCAGCCCAGAUUCCAGAUUGAGGAGCCACCGGCUGUACUGGCCCCCAAGCUGCUGAGUGACUGUCACCUGACCGCUGCUGUUGUGACUCCAAACGCUGCUUUAUCUGAGGCUCCCUGAGUGUCCUGCAAACCCUGAGUAAAUCUCUGCCCUCACCCCACCCACAGCGAGUGCUGCUUUGCCUCUGAGGGGCAGGGGGGCCCAGGAGUCCAGCCACGUCUGCCCCACCCCGCUCCCUGCUCUGCACACGCUCUCUGGUCUCCCAGCCACGUUGUUGUGAGGUUUUAAAAAACAAAACACACCGCUGACAUCUAA